CAAAUUGGUUGUUGUGUCACAAAUACAACCAGAACUUUAUACCAAAAAUCGGUUUAAAUUCGAAUAGCCUAAUGAAUACUGAGGCGGGUUAACCCAAGGGCCAACAUAGGCCCAAACUGUUCAUAUACAGGUUAGUAACAGGUACACUCGUGAGUCGCGACUCGAACUCGACUGAAGAAGAUUCAUUCCUGCUAAACCCAAAACCCUAGACAAUAGACAUGGCGUCGUCUUCUUCUGCGCUCCUCCGCCGCACCCGUCAUCUGUCAACCGCCGUCGCUACUGCCGCCGCCACCGAUGUCACAAACUCAGCUUCCAUGACCAUUUCCAAAGCCAAAUCAAAACUCAGAACGGAACACGAUACCGACAAAGCUUUAGACAUCUACUCUACCGUCAAAGCCAAUUACUCCGCAUCUUCACCCGGAUCCGCACAUCAUGCUCAACAGAUCACAGUCCGCCGCCUUGCAAAAUCUCAUCGUUUCUCGGAGAUAGAAGCCCUUAUCGAGUCCCAUAAAACCGAUCCUCGGAUCACCGAUGAGCACUUUUUAUCUUCCCUCAUUAAAUCAUACGGCAUCGCCGGCAUGUUUGAGCACGCUCUCAAUACAUAUAAUCAGAUGGAAGCCCUGAAAACGCCUAGAUCAGCUCUAUCAUUCAACGCCUUACUCACUGCUUGUCUGAACACGAAGAAUUUCGAUCGUGCGCCACUACUGUUCGACGAAAUGCCAGCAAAGUAUAGGUUCAGACCAGACGAGUAUUCGUAUGGUAUACUGGUUAAGUCCUUUUGCGAUGCCGGUAAGCCUGAACUGGCGAUAGAUAAACUGAAAGAAAUGGACAAGAAAGGUAUUCAGAUUUCUGGAAUCACUUACACAUCGAUAAUUCAUUCGUUGUAUAAGAAAGGAAACCCCACCGAAGCCGAGAAGAUCUGGGAUGAGAUGGUGAACAGAGGGUGCUUGAUAGAUGUUGCUGCAAACAACGUAAGGUUAAUGAACGCAGUUGAUGGUGAUCCAGAGAACAUCAAGUCAAUGAUUGAAGAAAUGAGCAACGCAGCCCUGAAACCAGACACCAUAAGUUACAAUUACCUCAUGACUUGUUACUGUAAGAAGGGGAUGAUGAAGGAAGCAAAGGAAGUGUAUGAGAAGUUGGAAGAACACUGCUGUCAACCCAAUGCUGCUACAUUUAGAACACUGUUGUUUUAUCUGUGUAAGAAUGAGCAGUUUGAGACUGGUUACAAGGUGUUUAAGCACAGUGUGAAGGUGAACAAGAUACCUGAUUUCAAUACAUUGAAGCAUUUGGUUGAAGGGUUAGCUAAAAAGUCAAGAACCAAGGAUGCAAAAGGGAUGAUCAGGACAAUGAGGAAGAAGUUCCCUCCUAAUCUUUUGGUUGCUUGGUCAAAACUGGAGAAUGAACUUGGAUUAGCUAGUAAUGCCAUUGAUCCUGCAAGAGAAGCUAGGACAUGAGCCCUGUUUGAUCAAUCAUAAAUAUGGGAAUAAAACCACUGAUACGCACAAACAUGCUGCCAUUAGCCUCCAGAAAACAAUCUGUUUCACUUUCAACUUUCAUCUGGUGGUUGGAUUUUGUCAACGAGGUUAGAAGGUCAAAUUUUGUUCUGACAAUAAGCCUCCUCAUUUAUUCAGUGUUUUAAGACUGUUGUUCAUCUUGAUUUAUGGAAUCUAAUAAUAGAGUUGAAAGUUAGGUUUGA